AUGGCUCGAAUUACGAACUCGCCGUUUGCACCCGCGCCUGGUGCUAUCAAGAGGGAUCCGCUGUUAGACCUGAACAGGUUACUAUCCCGCCUUGAACAGAAUAUCCUACACGCAAAUGCCGAACUCGAGCGAAGGCUAAGAAGGGACGAGUACGAACGGACCAAAACGCGAUAUAACAUUGAAACUGCAAGGAAAUGGCUCACGACUCUCGAGCAGGAUGCCCUGGGAGUAAAAGUCCACAGCCGACGACAGGAGCUGCAAGCCGACCUGAACAAGAAGCGGGCGCUCAUCAACGAGCUGUUUGAGCGGGUGGAUGACCUUGAGAAUAUGGGGUGGGAUGAUGGAGAUUCAGACUCGGAGGGAGAAGACCUGCUCGCAGACAUAAUAGAGACGCCGAGCGAAAGCACGGGCAACGAUACAGCGGAGACGGAGGAAGCGGCUGCUGAGGAAGCAACUGAAGCACCGGAGGCGCAAUCAGUAGCAGAUCAACCCCUGUCCGCACAGCCAGCGGCCCAGAAAGAGUCAACGGGAACAGAUUCAAACCGGCACCAAGCCCGGCCAGCAGUGGUGCCCGAGACCGCGCCGUCCCAAACACUACGGGCGCGCGGCAGACCAAACAAGCUAGAGUCUGAACAGGACACAGCGCAGACUACUUCCUCAGACCUCUUUGAAGGGAGGCGCCGCACGUCCAUCUCUGCCGUGGCCACGGAGGAAGCUAUGCUCGACCAUCACAGGCACGAGCAAGAGGCGCUGGCCGAGGACAUCCUGCGCAUGGCCAAAGCGCUGAAGGAGAAGUCCAUGACCACGGCGCGCCUACUAGAGGAGGACAAGGACAUCCUCGACAGGGCAGGAGAGUGCAUGUACGCCAGUGACAGGGGCCUGGAGAGCGCUGGCCGCAAGAUGAGCGCGUUGACGAGGAUGACGGAAGGCAAGGGAUGGCUGGGACGGAUGAUGCUGUACGGCAUGGUGUGGGGCAUGAUGGCUGUGCUGAUACUCAUCUUCCUUUUCUUGCCGAAGCUGCGGUUGUAA